CUUUUCGCCAUUCUGUAUCUAUCUAUACAUACGUAUGUGCAGACAAGCCGACAUGAACCUCAUUCAUGUUAUCGUAACGGAGACCCUGGGCUGGACAGCAAGGUUACGGUGAUCAUGAGCGAUAGGGGCAAGGUGAGCAGUAUCUUCUUUGGCGAGCUCAACAGACGAUGGGGCAAAGCGCUGAUACUCUCUGCCACCAGGGUCUCGUCCCCGCUAUCUCCAACGUCCUCCCGCUCGCGACACCCAGCCACUGCGCUGUCCAUCUGAUCUGUAACGGUGAAGACCUUAAGAGGAUGAUCUGGACGGAGACGCCAGAGGAAUUUCAGCGGCACAGGGCCAAGCUUGCCGAGCCUGCGCGCAAUUACAUCGACACCUUCGACACCGCGCUCUAUGCUCGCCGCGCUUUUCCCAUCGCACGCUUCGGUCUCGUGUCCGGUAACACCGUCGAGCAGCUCAACGGCUGGUUGCUGGUUGCCCGAGGAGGCGAUAUCAUCACUCUCUUCUCCACCAUCUACGGUCACCUCAGGUCGAGCUUCCGGGACGGGCAUGAUCUGCUUGUGGUCAAGCCCCGGCUCGUCGAACGUGAUCUUAUCCAACACGUCUUCUGCAAGAUGGCGGCGGAGAAGUGCGAGGCGAAGGAUUGCAGAGCGCUACGCAGGGAGGAGCAUCGGGGGAGCGGAUGA